UUACAUGUUAGUUCGAAUAUUAGUUCUCUGUAACUAAAUCCCACAUUUAUAUAAACCCAACUUUGAUAGUUAUUUGAAACAUUAAAAAUCGUAUCUUUUUUUCUCAUCUAUCUAGUCUGAUAUGAUGUGCUUCCUUGGCAACAAAAUGACCAAAACCUCCUUUCUCCUUUGUUUCAUCACUCUCUUGGCUUCUUCUGCUCUUCCCAGUGGCUCUGCAUCAAAGCACCACAGAGUUGGUUUUUAUGAGCUGAAAAAGGGUGACAUCUCUGUCAAUCUCACCAACUGGGGCGCUUCAAUAAUCUCUCUUCAUCUCCCUGAUAGACAUGGAAAAUUGGAUGAUGUAGUUCUUGGGUAUGAUUCAAUCGAUACUUACAAGAAUGAUACAACUUAUUUUGGAGCUCUUGUUGGACGGGUUGCUAACCGAAUCGGAGGUGCCAAGUUUUCACUAAAUGGACAUAAGUACAAACUAGUCCCUAAUGAAGGGAAAAACAUACUUCAUGGUGGGAAAGUAGGAUUUAGUGAUGUUGCUUGGAAAGUGAAAAAGUACCAAAACAAAGGUCCUUCUCCUCACAUUGUGUUCACCUAUCACAGUCAUGAUGGCGAACAAGGCUUUCCUGGUGAUGUCCUGAUCAGUGCUACCUACACUCUCUUUGGACACGGAAAAUUGGCUGUGAUAAUGACAGCAAAGGCUCUAAACAAGCCUACACCAGUGAAUCUUGCUCAGCAUACCUACUGGAACCUUGGAGGCCACACCAGCGGCGAUAUCCUUUCCAAUCACAUCCAAAUCUUCGGUUCCCAAAUUACUCCUGUGGACGAUGAUCUCAUUCCCACCGGAAAAUUUGAAUCUGUUAAAGGAACACCAUUCGAUUUCUUGAAACCGCGUCCUGUUGGAAGCAAGCUCAAGGAACUACCUAAAGGCUAUGACAUCAACUAUGUCCUGGACGGUGUCCCUGUGGGAAAAGAAUUGAAAAGAGUGGCUGUGGUGUAUGACAAAAAGUCAGGAAGGUCUUUGGAUCUGUCAACAAACAAGCCUGGUGUGCAGUUCUACACAGGUAACUUCAUCAAGGAUGUGAAGGGAAAAGGUGGAUUUGUGUAUCAAAUUCAUGCUGCCCUUUGUUUGGAGACUCAAGCAUUUCCUGAUUCUGUGAACCACCCCAAUUUCCCUUCAACUAUUAUCAGUCCCGGAAAGCCUUACAAACACGUUAUGCUCUUUAAGUUUUCAACCAAAGAUCGUCCUAACUUUUCUAGAGUUUGAUUAGAGUUUUUAUCUUUUAUGAACCCCUUGAAUUACAAUAAUGAUUUACAUUUUGUUAUCAAGAGAUUGUGUAAAAUCUAGGCCCAAAGGAAUGAAUAAAUAAGGUAAAAUGGAGAACUUUCCAUUGUAA